AGAAGUGGAGGAAGAAACUUCGCGGAGUUGCCGACAGUCGCCUGUCCUUCUCCUUCAACAUAUUCUCCAUCUCCAUGAUGAUGAGGGAGUAGUGCUCUCUGAACUAUGGAUUUGUGAAAGUCUCUCUCUCUCUAGUUAUCAUGUAAUGAAAAUCAUAUGAGCUACUAAACAUGAUUAUGGUCAUAGUUAUAUUUUUAUUGACGGACCUUUUGUUACGAGGUGAGUUAUGAGGUUGCAAUGUUCAGAUUCUGUUUGAUGUAUUGAUAGAUGCACAUGUAUACCCGUUCUUAUUUACUUGUACUGAUCAUAUGAGUUUGCUUGAACAUGUGUACUUACAAGUAUAAGAUUUAAACUUAAAUGGGCUGGUUCGAUCACAAAUUCACAAUGAACCAUAUAUACACCCACAAAGGACACGAACUGUGUAUAUGUGUGAUUCGUUAUAUUUUCGUUUUACAUCUGAGAAGGUGUUGCUUUUACUUGAGAGCACCUGCUCCUAUCGUAUGUUAGACUAUAGGAAGGAUAUGUGAAGCCACGAUUUUUUCUAGAAACGUGCCAUCCAUGAGACUCUGCAAGGUCUUCAUGUUUUUAAAAUGACAAAUACUAAAAAUUAGUUAAAUUGUUGUUCAAACUUACAUUUUGGAACGUGAGUAAGCAUUAAAUGGAUUACAAUUUACCAAAACCAUUAGCUUCCCAAUGCCCCUUUAAUCCACCCAUCGUGUCUAUAUAAGAGCUCUCCAUGUGUCCCAACUGAAACAAUCAGGCUAGGUGAAGACAGUACUCGGCUUGGGUCAUCGAUGGAAAAGGCCACCAAAAACGAAGAGCAUCUGAGUGAUGGGUCGCAGCGGGAGAAGCCGUCGCUGAGGCUCGAGCAGGUAUCACAGUACUUCUGCAUGCCGCUCAAGCAGGCGGCGGAGGAACUCAAGGUCGGGCAGACAACGCUGAAGAGAAGCUGCAGGGAGCUCAGGAUCCUGCGUUGGCCUCACCGCAAGGUCAAGAGCUUGCAGACUCUCAUCGAGAAUGUUCAGGAGCUCGAGAAGGAUGACGUUCUGGGAAGGAGUGAAAAGAUUCGCGCGGUGGUACAGAUCCUGCAGCAACGUCAGAAGCUUAUGGAGGAGAGACCUGCAGGUGUUGUUGAGCUUGAUAAGGAGACGCGUAUUUUUAUGCAAGCGUGUUACAAGGAGAUGUACAAUCGCAGAAGAAAAGGGGUGAAGUUCGCAUGGAUGAGAAGUGAUCGAGCAGGUUUUCGUUGAGAGAUAAUACCAAGAUUGGAGCGAUGCGGCCUGCUAGAAUGUCUUCCGGAGAGGUCAGGCUAUCAAGAAUUCAAGAUUGGUUUGAAGAACUCCAAUGUGUUUGUGUCGUAUGUUCAGUUUCUUCG